AUUGCUACCUCUUACCAUUGGUAAUAUUCGGCUCUUCAUGUUGAGACUUUUGUUUUAGAUACUGCUGAGCGCAUUUGUGAUUUUAUUUCUUUCUCGUUCGUGUACCUCGGCUAUAUCCCAUUACUUUCGUCCGGCAUCAUGAACAUUGACGACGAUGCCCCUCCGGAGCUGGUUGACGUUAGUGGUGGGAUUCAGAACUCUGGGGAGGGCGUCAGUGUAAAAGUACCCAUAACCAUUGUGACAGGAUAUCUCGGCGCUGGCAAGACGACGCUAUUGAAUUACAUACUUACAGCCCAGCAUGGCAAAAAGAUUGCCGUCAUCAUGAAUGAAUUUGGAGAUUCUGUGGACAUUGAAAAGUCUCUCACAGUGAGCCAGGGCGACAAUAGAGUAGAAGAGUGGCUUGAAGUUGGAAACGGCUGCCUAUGUUGCUCUGUCAAGGAUACCGGUGUAAAUGCCAUCGAAUCUCUGAUGGAAAAGAAGGGAGCUUUCGACUACAUUUUACUUGAAACAACCGGACUGGCAGACCCCGGCAAUAUUGCACCUCUUUUCUGGGUUGAUGAUGGCCUUGGCAGCACAAUAUACCUCGAUGGAGUGGUGACUCUGGUGGACGCAAAGAAUAUCCUAUACAGCCUUGACGACACGAAGGGAAAAAUCGAGGAUCAUAACGAACAUGACCAUCACGGCCCUUUGAUGACAACAGCUCAUGUGCAGAUUUCGCACGCCGAUGUUAUUGUUUUAAACAAGGCGGAUUUAGUCAGCGAAGACGAUCUGAGAAGAGUCAGAGAGCGGAUCGAGUCCAUCAACGGAGCUGCGAGAAUACAUGUGACGCAGAGAAGCGAAGUGCCCGAAUUAGAGGGAUUCUUGCUAGAUCUUCAUGCAUAUGACCAGUUCAAUGUGGAAGAAGCUAAGAACAAAGGCCACAGUCAUCUAGAUCCGACGAUAUCGACUGUUUCCAUACCAGUGCCAGCUCUGCGCCCCGAGCAGCUGCAAGAUGUCGACCGAUGGCUACGAGCAAUUCUCUGGGACCAUAAGCUUUCAGGUACAGAAAACAAUGUCGAGUUUGAGAUUCACCGGUCCAAGGGCCGUCUUGUGUUUAACAAUGGCGAGGUGAAGUUGCUACAAGGUGUUAGAGAAAUAUUCGAGAUCAUGGAUGCUCCGAAUGGCGCCGAAAUUACUGCAACAGAGGCGAACAACGCCUCAGGCUGGGCGUUCAAUGCAGCUGUUCCCAUGGGAGGCGGCGCCUUUCAGAAUCAGGCCCGCCAGCUGGGAGGAAACGUCAGUUUUGCGCAGAGCUUGAGCGGGUCACAACCUGCUACGCCACUCGAUUUGUCGGAAUUCCCAUCGCUUUCCAAUAACUCUCAACUCCCCAGUACAAUCCAAGGGUCGAUGUGGUCUACGGCGGGCUCGAGAAACAUCAGCGGGCCGAUUCAGCGAAAUCAGCCGACACAAGGAUCCUCUCAGCAAGGUGGACAGGAUGAUCUCUUCGGUCCUCCAUCCUCGCGGAUGCAGCCAAAUCAGGGGCCAUUUCGUUUUGGAGCACAGCCUUCUUCCCAGGUUCAACCAAACAGCGUCGAUGACUUUCCUCCGUUAAAUCGGACAUCCAAUGGCGAAAUUGGGUCAGAGCGCGGCGGCAACGUCAUGUCUUCUAUUGGAUUCGGACCACAAAACCCUAGCUCGUCAGGCCCAAUGCAGAGCGGUGGGGGGAAUGGCUUGCUGAAUGCUCUAACAGCAACAAGCCGGGCAAGUGACGUACGAUCACCGCCCGCCAUCGGCACACCAAACGGUCCUGGCCGACAGCAGCCGCAACAGCAACAUGAUGGUAAACAGAAGUUUCGAGAAGACGGCUCAGGCAAGGCGUCAGAAGUAGCUUCGCCAACUGCUGAAGGACGAGGAUCUCUUGGUGUGAUUGGCAGCGAAGGUCCGAAUGGAAGAUUGGCCGAACGCAAGGAUAGCCAAGCAGCAGAUGUUGUAGAUCCCUUGGCAGGAAUGGCGGCGGUUGACAAAUGGGGGAUCAAAGGUUUACGAACACUAAUGAACAACUACCCCGACUAUCACGCCAUGAUCAUAGGGAUGGACCCCAGCUCGAUUGGUCUUGAUCUAUCUUCCCCAGACUUGAUUUCAACCCAAAUGUACUCAGUAUUGGAUGAUACUCCCCCAAAGCCGACAGUCAACACCAACAAAUUCCGAUUACCCGACUGCUACAGCGUAACAAAUGUGCAGCCGAUAGAAACCAAGAUACAGAGUUUCAACGAGGAAACGCUGUUUUGGAUCUUCUAUAGCUGUCCCUUGGAUGCCAAGCAGCAGAUGGCUGCGGUAGAAUUGCAUUCCAGAAACUGGAGAUGGCAUAAAAAGUUGCAGGUUUGGUUGACCAAGGAUGAGCACAUGACUCCUCAGAUCCUAAGCCCCAACCACGAGCGAGGAUACUACAUUGUAUGGGAUACUGCCACUUGGCGAAAGGAUCGGAGAGAGUUUACGCUGCAUUAUGGAGAUCUGGAUACCUCCUUAGGACAACCGCCGCCAGUGUUGUCAUAAAGGUCUAUUGAAUGUUUGAGGGGGCUUCGUCGUCCUCUUUUUUUUAGCCCAAGGAUGGUUUGCUUGCUUGCUGAUUAGGGACGCGAAAGCUUAGUCGAGCUGCUUAAUCGUUUUGGCGUUUCAGCCAUUAGGAACAAGGAUCGAGGAAUUAUUAUUGCUUUUAUAGGAAUGGGUUCGGUUACAAGACGGUCCUGGAAUGCAGAGUCGGUUUUCAAAGGCAGGCCUAGAUUACUAUCUAGCUUGCGAUGGUUAACAUGGGUUGCAUUACGAUUCAAUGAGAACAGGCUGGCCGGAAAGUAUGUGCUACCGGCUGGCAUAUCCUUGAUUUAU